CUUUACCUCCACAGAUGUUUCACGUCGCAGCCUACGCAUAUGUGAAAAUCAAAACAUGAAAGCUGAGAUUCUACUGAAAUCCUAAAUUCUCUUCUGAAUUUCGCCCCUGAUUAAGUGAACGCUUGACUGUGGCACAGUUUCGGUAAAAAUGGCUCUCUAACUGCCGCAAUAAUCGACCCCUUUUUACGAUGCCCAACGACGCAAGGGUGCGUGCUCUCUUGGGCGACCUGGGCAGGGCGACCCUGCGAGGCGUCCGAAAGUGUCCCAAAUGUGGAACCUACAACGGCACUCGCGGCUCCAGCUGCAAAAACAGAGCCUGCGACGUCGUCUUCAACCACAGAGGCAUGACGGAUAAGCAAAGCAAGCCCAUCGACGCCUGCAAAUUGAUCACUGGAAGCUCCAAUCAGCUUUAUUCUGUACGGGUUCGAGAUAAAGGCCCAGAUGUGCGUGGUUUCGUCUAUGUACCCCAAAACCUGGACUCGGCGUCCAGUCUGGACAGUUCAAGUGACGCCCUCAGUUUGCUCACCUCUCAGGGCCAGUGCUUUGUGGAAAAUUGCCAAAGGCACUUCGAGGAUAAAAAUAGUUUUCCGUCAUUGCUUCUCCCCUGCAGCCACAUUCAGGCAGCUGUCCGAUGUUAUGCCCAGGCCCAACCGCUGCUAAUUAAAAAUGAAAUCCUGCAAACACUCAAUAUCAGCCAGGAAAUCAAGCAGGCUAUUUGGCUUCUGCAGUCGGAGACGGAAGGGCCUCUUGUGCAGAGAGUGUCGAAGAACAUGAUGGUCGUUCGGUGCAAGAGGAGUCCAAAGUGUCCCUUGGGCUACGUCCAUCUCAGCAUCUUCAGCACCAAGAUUAAGGAUCGAGUGGAGCACAAAUACUGCUGCGCCUGCAAGGCUUACGAUAACAUGACAAGCAAAGUUCCUGGAAAGAAUCCAAACGAGAGACAGUGUUUGCAUUACUACGCUUGUGUCUCUGCAUUUGCCAGCGACGUCAAACUGUCUGAGGAAUUCUCAAUGUACGUCUCUCUGCUAGUCCCACAAAUGGUUCCAAUGAAAGAUGCAUUGGAUGCAAGCAAACUCCUUGUAAAUCAGUUGCCUAUCGAUCAAAUCGUGGCCGUUGUUACCAAACAGACUGCCGAUGGCAGCCAAGAACUGAGUUUCCAAGUCUUGGGCGACCACUCCAUUCUUGGAACUGCUAGUCUGUCUUUGAACGAGGAUGGACAAAUCACAGAGGUCCAUGCUCUUGACGCAAACUUGGACGACAUUCAGAUGAAGAUUGGGGAACAGGACGAAAGCCUCUCCUUUCCCAGUCUGGACAGUCACCUGCUAGAUCGAACCAUGAGUCUGGUAGACAUGGGCAAAAAAGUAGACCAACUUGAUCCAUCUGUGACGGCAAACUCGUUUUUACUGUCUGACGUUGCCAGUGCUCGGACUCAUCCACCUGACAUGCAGAUGCUGCCUUCUGCGAAGAGGAAGGCUGCUGGCAAAAAGGUGCAGCUCUCUCCACCAAAGAAAAUUAAUCCUUCUCCUGAACCAGUCGACGAGUCAAGAGCUUUUCACCCCUUUUUGGAUUGGCUCGCUUCUGUCACUGAAAGAAUUAACGAGACCAUGCAUUACGAGACGUCUGGUAGACCAGAUCCCCUUGUCUUUCAUGUGCCCCAAUUGUUCUUUGACUGUCUGAAAGAGCGAAUUUGCAACGGAGGAAAGAAAAAGCGAAUUCCGAAUGUGAGCACGGUUACGUCCCUCAGGAGUCCUGUGCCUCGAUCUGGCAACUUCAUCAAGUACACUUGGCACAUCACGAAUAUCAUUCAUGUCAAGAAAAUUUUUGACACUUCAGCUGUUGCUCUUGAUAUUACAAGAAGUUUUGUUGAAAACAAAGACGGAACUUUUGACCACUUUGUUAGUCUUCUUGAGGAAGAAAAGUAUCUGUACUCCUCUAGUAACAUGCCUCUGAUUCGGCCUUUGGAGUUAAAAACGUAUCUCAAAGUUGGUUUGACGGCACCGGAACAAAAGAAUCCAACCCCUUUCGUCAUCGAGUGGAUUCCAGACGUGUUCCCAAGAACGAAGGUGGGUGAGAUGUCAUUGACCUUUGAAUUCGGCCACCAACGCUUCCAGCAACACCAAGGCCAAGAUGCAAACAAGAAGGUAAAUCGCCCUCCGAAAAUCAUAUGUGCCAAGAGGAAGAUUUCCUAAUCUGGAAGCUUCGGAGCUUCACUGUGCCAAAUUGUUGUUGUUUUUUUUUUUCAACAAGUUUAUUUAUUAUUUUGAAUCAGCCUCUAAAAUUUGGUGUGUAAAACUAAAAAUGUGAGAUUAAUGUUUAGAGUAUCAGUGCGUGUGACUUAAGUCAGAAGAAAAGAAAAUUUAACAAAACUAGACGAAUUUUCAGACUGUUUUUGAUGUUGAAUGUUUGAAUUUGCCCUAGAACUUGAUAUAAAGAUUUUUCUUCAAAAUAAAAUAUGCAUAAUAUCUGG